AUGGCCUCACUUGAGUUCGUAGACUUAUCCUCAAACAGUCUAUCUAGCUCAAUUCCUUCAUCAUUGGGUUCUUUGACAUCUUUAAAUGUCCUUUCUUUGUACCAAAAUCAGCUCUCUGGUCCCAUUCCUUCAUCACUAGGAAAUCUGAGCAACCUACAAUCUCUGUACGUAGCUGAGAACAAUUUAUCUGGUCCCAUUCCUAAUGAACUUGGGAAUUUGAAAUCUCUCACUUUUCUGGUGAUGGCCAUGAAUCAACUUAGUGGUUACAUUCCUUCAUCACUAGCAAACCUGAGCAACCUAUAUCGUCUGAACCUGGCUCAUAAUAAGUUAUCUGGUGCAAUUCCUAUUGAUAUUGGGAAAUUGAAGUCUCUCACUAGGCUUCUGAAUAAAUUAUUUGGUCCAAUUCCUAUUGAACUUGGGAAUUUGAAGGCUCUCACUAAUUUCCAAAUGAGCCAAAAUCUACUAAGUGGUUAUAUUCCUUCCUCCCUAGAAAACCUCAGUAACCUACAGUAUGUGAAUAGGUUAUCUGGUCCCAUUCCUACUGGACUUGGGAAUUUGAAGUCUCUAACUGAUCUUGACGCGAGCCAGAAUAAACUUAGUGGCAGCAUACCAUCGGAGUUUGAAAAUUCAACUCAAUUAUGGAGGCUUGAUCUUUCUUCCAGUAAGUUGGUUGGUGAAAUCCAUAUGGAAUUUGGGAAGAUGAAAAGUAUGCUGAAUUUGUACUUGACUAAUAACCAACUUUCAGGCAAUAUACCUCCGGAGCUUGGAUCAUUCCAUGAAUUCCUUGUACUAGAUCUAUCCACAAACAGAUUGAAUGGGUCGAUACCCAGAAGUAUUGGUCAAUGGGCAAAAAUCAAUUACCUGAAUCUUAGUAAUAACAAGCUCAGUUGA